AUGAAGAAGUGGCUGGGUCUCAGAAUUAAACUAGCUACCUCUAAAGGGAAACAAAAUAAUAUCCUGACUGACAAUCCUCAAUCCAAGGUACACAAAGAAUAUACAAGGAGGACACAGUUAGAGUUGAGGAAGAAUGCAUCCAUAGACUCUGAGGAAAAAGCUGAAGCCCCUUUGACCGUAGAAGAACCAAAGAAAAAGUUGGAUGAAAGAAUGAAAGAAGUUGAAGACUUGGCAAAACAUGUGAGUUUGGGGAUUAUUGCCAGCAUAGGGGCCACACCACAAGAAGAAAUUCAUCCUGUCAUGCCCGCUAUUGAAGGUUUUUCAGCAACAACAAAGUACCCUGGUCCAGAGGCUCAACCCUCCAGUACUACUACCACAGCCACUACUUCUACAACAAUGACUCCUGACACCACAUCAACUACAUCAGUUGCAACAACUAUGACAACAAUGCCUCCACCUGUGGUUACAACAGUAGUCACCCCACCUUCUAUUGUUUCGCAAGUGUGCAUGCCUAUAAUGACUCCCACAAAGGAGAUGGUGAUUAUUCAUAAUAUGGAGUGA